CUAUCAUCCAAAGCCUCGCCAUCUUCAACAGCUCAGGACAUACUCUCCAAACCAACCUGGUCUGUGAGCUCUCUACUUCCAUCUCAGUCACAUGCCGAGUCUCCAGAAACCAUCACUCCCGCUCAGCUUCAUCAUCUCUUGCGUCUAUCAGCUCUUCCCUUGCCCAAAUCCCCUGCCGAAGAGCAGUCAAUGAUUGAGACUCUCCAGAGUCAGCUGCAAUUUGCGCGGGCUGUACAGAGAGUCGAUACCUCGGGAGUGGAACCUCUUCGAGCCAUUAGGGAUGAGACCGAAGCUGCAACUAAAGAGAAUACCAUUGGCUUGGACGAUCUAAAGGAUGCAUUAGCCAAAGAGGCCCUCGUGGGGCACUAUCAACGGCCUCGUAGAGUCAAGGAACAGAUCCAGUCUGAUGCUGAGAACUGGGAUGCCUUGGCUACGGCGUCAAGGAAAGCCGGAAAAUAUUUUGUUGUUGAGAGUGGGAAGAAG